AUUACCACCGUAUACUUAGCGCGUACCGGUACGUUAUCUCCAGCAGCAGGGGAAAGGCGAGUUACUUGGAAGUAAAUUUUCGAGUUCUUCUGGCUUGUUAAUUCCACUGAUUUUCCGGAAACUAGUACCAUGGGAAGCAAAGAAAAGGAAGCGAUAGUGAUUGUUCUAGAUGUUGGUCAUUCUAUGAACCAAGCUCCUCCUGGCAGCUGUACUACCCUUGAGACAGCACGGGAUGUCAUCACCAUGAUACUCCAGAGGAAGGUGUUUUCUGAGUCUAAAGAUGAGGUUGCCCUUAUCCUCUUCGGCACUCCAGGGUCAGCCAACAAGCUGGACUAUGAUAACAUCACAGUGGAAAGGCCAUUCAGACUAGCUGAUCUUGAUCUCAUUCAACACAUAAGGUCUAAUAUUCAGCCAAGCCAGGAAUCAGGAGACUUUGUUGAUGCUCUAAUUGUGGCCAUGGAUAUAAUCCAUGAUGCUAUUUCAGACAAGUCAUCAAAGUUCACAAAGAAUCGCAUCAUCCUCUUCUCAGACCUUGGAGGAGAGUUUGCUGAUGAUAAGCUGCAGAACGUCACUGAUAGCCUCAAAGCCAUGAAAUCAGAAGUUAACAUGAUUGGACUUCAGUUUGAUAGCUUGGACGGUGGUGGCGGCGAUGGGGGUGAUGCCCGGGAUCAACCAUCUACCAGCCGAGGUCUAGGGUCAAGGAAGCAGAAAACCCCACAACAGAGGGCUGGAGAGAGGCUGGUUCUAAGCAUCGUAGAAGAAGUGAACGGUGCCAUCUAUUCAUUUGAUGAGGUGAUACCAGCUGUGACAAUGUUUGAGAAGAGAGCUGUCAGACCUACCCCAUGGAAGGUCAAUCUAGAAGUCGGACCAGAACUCAAAAUUCCAGUCUCUGGUUAUCUCAAGGUAAAGGAGGCGACCCCCAAAAGCUGGAAGUCCACAUUCCACAAAGGGGCAAGGGAGUUCACCCCUCAGACCAUCCGCUCCCAGCAUCUUAAUGAUGAUGAAGAGACAGAAGUAGAAAAGGACGACCAAGUUGAAGGUUAUCGCUAUGGCAACGACAUCAUCCCCAUCUCCGAAGAGGAUAAGAAAAACAUGGAUUACAAGAAACCCGGGAAAGUCAUGCAAGUUCUUGGGUUCACCAAAGACAGUAGGAUAAAAAAGCAUCAACAAAUGGGGAACAGCGUGUACAUCUUCUAUGCACAACCAGAUGACCAGGCAGCUUCGAUGUCUUUCUCAGCUCUCGUCAAUGCUCUGUAUGAAACUAAUUCAGUAGCCAUCGUAAGGAGAGCGUACUCGGCCAGUAGCAAUCCAAGGCUAGGAUGUUUGAUACCCCACAUCAAAGCUAAUUAUGAGGCUCUGUUCUACAUUGAACUUCCAUUUGCUGAAGACCUCAGGAUGUAUACAUUCAUGUCCUUGGACAAUAACAAGAAAUGCCAGCCGUCAGAAGAGCAACUGGCAGCGGUUGAUGGUCUCAUAGACAACAUGGAUUUAAUGACAGCAGAAGAGGAUGAAGAUGAAAAGACGGAAGCCCUGAAACCGAAGAACACCUUGAAUCCCUACACUCAAAGAUUAUGUCAGUGCCUUAUGUAUCGAGCAUUGAACCCAGAGGAACCCUUACCCGGUAUAGAACGAGCGAUGGAUGCCUUCCUUCAACCAUGCAGGGCUGUAGCCGUUCAGUGUGAACCUCAGGUCGAAAGGAUGAAGGAGCUCUUUAAGCUGGAGAAAGCUAAAGCCAAGGAAACAGUUACAGGAGACAGCAUAUGGAAAGCCAGUAAUGAUGGUGAUGGAACAGAGGAACCGGCCAAUAAGAAGGCAAGGUUGGAUGAUGCAGUCAAUGGAGAUCUCAGUAUGGCUGGAAUGGCAAGAGGAGUUAUCACAGAGGUUGGUACAGUCGAUCCAGUUGGAGAUUUCAAGACGAUCAUCUCGCAGAAGGAUGAGGAUAGAUUCAAGGAAGCUGCUGAACAGAUGGGAAGAAGAAUCCUACAGCUGGUCAAAGAAUCGUUUGGUUCACAACUCUACGGCAAAGCCAUGGACUGUCUUAGGGUUUACAGAGAACAAGCAAUUCAGCUGAGUGAACCAGAAUCAUUUAAUAAUUAUCUCAGGAAAUUGAAAGAUGAACUCAAAGAACUUUUGAAAGUUGAUUUCUGGCAAGAUUUGACUAAAGAUGGACUCACACUGAUUGAUGUUACAGAAGCAAGUGACAGCACUGUAUCGAAAGACGAAGCUGAGAAGUUUAUUCAGGAGGAGGAAGUCCCAAUGGAAGAAGAGCCAGCUGCAGCCAAUGAGGAAGAAGAUGCCGAUGAUUUGCUUGAUAUGUUGUAGCAUCUUGAACUCUGUGAUCAGCUCAAAACCAGGUGACGUUCACUUCCCCUUAAUCUAAGAGGGUCAUAUCUUCAACGGGUAGAUAUGUGAAAAAAAGACAUUGAUCUCUGAAAUAUGAAAUUAUUUCCAUAGUCGGAUGUGCAUCAGCUUUCAUGGGGAGUGGAUUAUUAUUUGCUGACCCCAGACUAUGUGAAAAAGCCUUGGAAAUACUCUCUUCCUGUAACAGAGAUAUCGUUUAGGGAAAGCAAACUGGGUGUACCAGCAAGAAAUUAUUUGGCCAAGCCUGAAUAGCAUCAGGGAACUGUCGGGCAAGGAAAAUUGAGAUAAUGACUCUACCAUGAUUUCCAGUUACAUUACAUAACCUCUUCUGGGGCCCAUAACACAAACCUUAGCAAUGAUUGCAGAACAGUUUUCUACGAUUGAUUCCAUUGACUACUAUGUACAAUCAAUUGUCAAAAUCAAACGUACGAUUAAUCACUAAAUUUUGUGUUACGGGUUCCUGGUCAUAAAAUUAUGUUUUACUCUGGGUGAUUUAUAUCAAUAUGCUGUCAAAUUCCCAAGAAAAUGGAUGAUUUUCUCCCUCUAGCUGAAAGUUGGAUUUCUAAGUCCUUUGAUCAUAGUAUUCCUGCAAUUUACCUUGCGGAGAAGCCUCAUGUACAGUUGUGGUAGAUACUUAGUGAACCCCACCACAAAAAUGCACUCAUUCAUGUUGAGUGCUUAAUGUAGAUAACAACACUACAAUGUUCGGUGAGUCCAGAGAAACAAACUUUAUUGAAUCUAAUAUUUUAUCACCUGACUUCACAAUUGAAUAUCUAAAACAUGACAAAACUUGAACACAUUAAAUAUGUCCAUUUUCUGGUAGAGUUCACUAGCUUUUGAGCACCAUUGUACAAGAAGGGCAUAAAUUCAGAAUUGUAUGAGAAGUUUUCACUUAAUUGCCAAAUAAUCAUUUGAAAUUCAGCUGUUUCUGAUAAUUAUAUAAUCUUGGUUAAUCAUAACUAGAUUUUUUUUAUACCGGUUGUUCUUUGACAUUAAAUCUUGCUAAUUUGUGAUUUUGUAGAUUGUUCACUUGCAUACAUGUAUAAAACCAUGCAAAAUGCAGUUGAGUAUUAAACAGUACUAAAUAAUCACUCCAAUCACAAAUAUGCAAACUGCUAUUCAUGUGAUGAUCCUGGUAAUUGAGAAAAAAAAAACAUAUAUAUAUAUAUACAUGAAAAUGUAUCAUAUUAUUUUCCAAGUAUUCUUAUUCUCAAUUAGCAAUGUGUAGAGGGCACCAUCAUCUUUGAAUAUCAUAUUAGGUAAAGGGAAUAUAAUUGCAUUACCAUUCCUGUUUCUGAAUAUAGCAUUCUAGACACAUGUAAACGGAUAGAGUAUAAAAUAGUUCAAUCCUAUUGAAAAUGAUUAUCACCAUGGAGAAAAUAGCAUAUGGGCUAUUCCACGGUUACUCACGUUACAUUUGGAGACACCUUGAUUCAUACUUGGAGCUGUAACUCCAUUAUUAUUGAUAGGAACUAAACAUCUCUUUAUCACAACAAAGUACGCAGUCUGACUAUCCUUUGUAUAAAAACAAAACUUGGGAAAUUUUAUUAUGCUCCUGGCAAAUCUUUGAAAUGUGUCGGUUACUCAUGUUACAUGAUUUGGACGUGCAUAAAAUGAAAAGUCGACAUAAGUGAAAAGUGUCAUCAUACAAGGCUUUUAUGAAAGUUGAUUAUUUCCAUUUCAAAGAAGUAUAUUAGGGAGACAAACUUUGUAUAUAAUUCAAAAAUAAAGAACACAUGGUUUUUACUAGGGGUGCAGAUAAAGUGGUUACUCACGUUACGGUUCAGAUGGGCUAUACAGUACAAAGCCACAUUGAGCUCAUGUCCACCAACCUAUGGAAUUGCCCAUAUGAUGACCUUUUCCACAAAGAUGAAUAUAUAUAUACACCUUUGUGAUAGAAAGAGCAACUUAACUGGAAGUGUUCGAGGAAUUAAAGAAACAUGGGAAGUGAUUUCCACUACUUUUUUUGUCUCGAGCCAAUUAGAUGAAUGUAUUCCAGUAGCUUAUAACAAAUUGCCAAUGAAAAUCACUAUGUGUUUCUUGAAAUGCUCCGUUGGUGAUGGAAGGAAUAUCUUCAUUCUAUUUAGACACAUAAGAUAAAAGAUCGUGUAGAGUUGUGUAGAUGGGUAUAAAUGACUCUCAGAUGGACAUUCCUUAGAAAGGUGGUAUGAUUUUUUGUGUGUGUCUUAUGUACGAACAGAAUGAAAUUCAUAUUCAUAACCAUAGGAUGAUAUUUCAUUACAAAGUACAGUCAUGCAACUUUUAAGGUUACAGCCUAAGUUCAGUCCAAAGCAAUUAUUUUUGUAGGAUAUAGAAGAAGAAACAAACUUUUUUCUGUACGAAUUGGCUCAUUCUAAAUGAUUUUCUGGAUUUAUUAUCAAUUCUAAGAGGCAGCCCUGAAAGUACAUUCCAUUAAAAGUUUUGUUUCAGAGAUGUACAUAUAUGCCAAAGUGGAAAGAUGAUCUUUACUCUCAAAGAUCUUGUGCUUGCAUAGUGCUCUUUCAAAUUCACAGCCCGUAUUCUGAAGUCGGGUUUCAUUCAAACUCUCAUCUCAAGUUGCGGUUUAACUGUGGAUAGCAAAUUGUGACACAAAUCUCUAGAAGUAGGGGUUAAUUUAUCAGAUCUUUUGAUACUCAAAUAAUUUUCAAAUGUCUUGGAAGCAUGAAUAAGUUGUUUUCACCAUUAAAGAAUUGGCAAAGAGCAUAAACAAAAUUUAGCACAGGGUUAGACCAUGGUGUAAGCUAGACAGGACUUCAGAUUGUGGGCCAAUGUGUUACAAUAAAUAAGUAUAGCAGUACAGUGCCUUUUUCUUCACAAUAUGAAUGAAUAGAAAAUUAAUCUUAGGAUCUAAACCUCCAUGUGUUAAACUGUAUAAUAGGAUCCAUUUUGGUAUCCGUGACUACCUUUUGUAGACAUGGGCUAAGCAAAGAUCCUGUUUGUGAUCACUCUCUUUCAGAAAGUAUACAAGUAUUGACAUUUGAAGCAAGGGUCCUGUUAUUGGUAUACACGACUAUCUUUUGUAGAGAUGGACAUACCAAGAUCCUGUUUGUAAUCACUCUAUAUUAGAUAGUAUACAGGUCAUUGAACUUUGAGGCAAGGCUCCUAUUAUCUUGCUUCAAAAGGGGUGAAGAUUAUCUCUGUCCUGUUUAUUAGAAUAUGUUAGACAGUUAAAUCAAGGGAUGAAGCAUCAAAUUUAAUGUGUAAGCAAUCAACUUUUAAAUGGUUAAAAUAGCACAGUUCCAUGAAGCUUGUCAGCGCAGAUAAAGUUUUGAUUGUCCGACAGUUACCUAACAGUGAACCAAGAGUCUUUCUCAGCGAGUCAAAACCAAUUACAUGUUGUCAUUCCUUGUCAUAGUUCGAAUGACAGGCCUGAUAGCUUGUUAUAAAAUUAUAAAACACUGGGGCUGGCCAUGACUUGUUAUCCAGAAAGAUCAGAGUUGUCAAUGUUAACAUUUGUGGAAAAAAAAAUUGUUCAAUUUGUCUGUAGAUUUUGGAUACAAGUCUCAAAUUGGUAUUCAAAUGUUAGAUUUUCUAUUACACCAUUAUCCUGAUUUCGUUAUUGUAUAAUACAAAUGUAAUUUUUUUUCUUGAAAGUUGGCUAGUCUACAAAUGUAUCGAGUUGUAUUUCUUCCCAUAUUUCUGCGAGGAAAUUACCUUUUCUAUAUGAUCACCACAAUUUCUGUAGUUUUCCCUUUAGAUAUAAGUGAUAUAUAUGAGCAGGUAUGUUGCGUAUAUGAAUGAAUUGUUAACCUUUACAAAGUGCCACUAGAGCAUAGCUUCUCUUUGUAGGUAAUUGGUACUUGACUAUACACGUAAGAAGACUUGGUUUUCUGCCUCACAAUCUAGCCAACUCGGUAUGGAGUGAGGUAGAGAUUAUUGGAAGCAUUUGUAAAAUACCUCUAUCAUACUAUCGUUGAUGAGAUCAUUUGUACUUGCCGAUAAUGUAAAAAAAAUUGAUUUCUUUCUCAUUCUUACUCUCGCUCAGUGUAUGAAUGAAUGAAAAAAAUUUACUUAUACAAUAAUAUUGUAUGAUGAUUCCUAAAAAUAUUGGAUUAACAACUGUGUCAGAUACGAGUUGGAUUUUCAUAUCCUGUAUGUAUGUAUGUAUAUAUGUAUACAGUAUACUGGAGGUUUGAUCAUUCAUUGAAUCUCAGCUAACAAAUUUCCAUAAAACCUUAUCUUCCCAAGCAUACAAGUACUUACGACUGGCAUAAAAAAAUGAAGUAUAAUAGACCGAGGGCAAUUGUAAACAAUCAGCGGUUAUGUUUUGUCUUCUUGGAUGAAUAGAAAAACAUACAUGAAUGUUAAUUCUAAUUGAAUUACAAUCAAUCACUUGAUCAAUUAUAUAAGAUGCAUUUAUAUGCACAGACUAUUUAUCUCUGAAUAUUUAUAGAGAAAAUACAUAGCUUAGUCCAGGAUUUAUUAUUAAUUAAUUGCAUUGCAAUAAUAUAUUGUAUGAUUUAUUAUUGAUUAUUGCUACAGAACAUGAGCUACAGGCAGAAAUAACGAGAAAUAAUCAUGCCAAUUCAUGGCAGUCUGUGUUGAAAAAAUGAGCUUUCCAGCAACUGUAUUUGUAUAUUGUAAUAUUCCAUAUUUUAUUUGAGAACUUAGGCCUUUGUAAUCAUGAUUUUGUUUUUUAUCUGAUUUUUGUUUUAUGUUGCCAAGCAGGUAUCAUUUAAUGAGUCUAUAUACAUGUAUAUUGUCAUUGUUAUCAGGUACCUUAUGAAGGUAGGGAAAAUAAAUAAUUCCUUAGUGAAAUAGAUUUU